UCCCGCGGGCCGGAGGGGCGGGGCCUCGCUCGCCGCGCUUCCUCUCGCCUCGGCUUCCGCGUAGCUUCCCGAUCGGCUGGGUCCUUAGCGGGAGCCAGAGUGCGGCCGGUGGCGGGCUUGGCGGCGGGGUCGGAUUCCGGGCAGGAGCCUGGCCUCUCAGGUGGCGGGCUCUGUGUCCCUGCGAGAUGGACGGGACAGAAGGCAGUACCGGGCAGCCCGGCCCCGCUGAGCGGUCCCACCGAAGCAGCGUGUCCUCCGUGGGAGCCCGAGCAGCUGACGUGCUGGUAUACCUGGCGGAUGACACGGUGGUGCCCCUGGCUGUGGAGAACCUACCCUCGCUCAGUGCCCAUGAGCUGCACCGCGCCGUCCGCGAGGUCCUGCAGCUCCCGGACAUUGCCCUGGAUGUCUUCGCGCUCUGGCUGGUCUCCCCUCUGCUGGAGGUGCAGCUGAAACCCAAGCACCAGCCCUACAAGCUGGGACGCCAGUGGCCGGAGCUGCUGCUGCGCUUCACCAGUGCCCCGGAUGACGACGUGGCCAUGGAUGAGCCUUUCCUGCAGUUCCGAAGGAACGUAUUCUUCCCAAAGCGGCGGGAGCUCCAGAUCCGCGACGAGGAGGUCCUGCGGCUGCUCUAUGAGGAGGCCAAGGGCAACGUGCUGGCCGCACGCUACCCGUGCGACGUGGAGGACUGCGAGGCUCUGGGCGCCCUGGUGUGCCGCGUCCAGCUCGGGCCCUACCAGCCCGGCCAGCCGGCAGCCUGCGCCCUGAGGGAGAAGCUGGACUCCUUCCUCCCUGCCCACCUCUGUAAGCGGGGCCAGGGUCUCUUUGCUGCCCUCCGGGGCCGUGGGACCAGGGCCGGGCCAGGCGAGCAGGGCCUGCUGAACGCCUACCGCCAGGUGCAGGAGGUCGGCAGCGACAGCGGGUGUGAGGCCGCCCUGGGCACCCACUACCGUGCCUACCUCUUCAAGUGCCACGAGCUGCCCUUCUACGGAUGUGCCUUCUUCCACGGCGAGGUUGACAAGCCGGCCCAAAGCUUUUUGCACCGGGGUGGGCGCAAGCCAGUUUCUGUGGCCAUCAGUCUGGAAGGCGUGCACGUCAUCGACAACAGAGAGAAGCACGUCCUGCUGGGCCUGCGCUUCCAGGAGCUGUCGUGGGACCACACCUCCCCGGAGGAGGAGGAGCCCAUCCUGUGGCUGGAGUUCGAUGGAGACAGCGAGGGCACGCCUGUCAACAAGCUCCUCAAGAUCUACUCCAAGCAGGCCGAACUGAUGAGCAGCCUCAUUGAGUACUGCAUUGAACUGAGCCAAGUGGCGGAGCCCGCAGGCCCCCAGGACAGUGCGACGGGCCCGCCCUCGGACCCCAGCUCCUCACCGGCUCCUGUUGAGCGCCCCAAGCUGCGGAGGCAGGGCAGCGUGGUGUCCAGCCGGAUCCAGCAUCUCUCCACCAUCGACUACGUGGAAGACGGCAAGGGGAUCCGGCGAGUGAAGCCGAAGCGCACCACGUCCUUCUUCAGCCGGCAGCUAUCCUUGGGCCAGGGGAGCUACACCGUGGUGCAACCCAGCGACAGCCUGGAGCAGGGCUAAGGACGCCGCACCCGGCAGGAGGAGGGCAACUGGGGGCCCUGGCCCAGCACUGUUCUCCUGAGGGGCAGGGGCUGGCUGCAGCAGUCUCAUGGGUCAUGCACAUGGGGUGGGCUGCCUCAGCAGAUUUCUCAGACCACAGAGAAGUGACUGGCCCCGGGCUGUGCAAAGCUGGCCAGGGCCUUCCACAGGACCCCUCUGCAGCCUGCCCGCCCUUCCCCCAGACACUGGGCCCUGCUGCUAUCUCAGGACCAUCUGAUCAAGCUGCAGCUGCCACCCUCACCUAGAAACAUGCCUUUGUGCCCACCUCAAGAUGGGCAGUGUCCCUGUUCCAAAGUACCCGGUGGCAGCUCCAGUGGCAGAGGACCAAGGAUUGAGGUUUGGGACCUGAAGGUCCAGUUUGUGCCUUUGACCUCUUCCCUGAACUUGGGUGACCAGUCCCCGCCUUCCUUCUGCUAGUGCUCCACCCCUGUACUUGGAUGACCAGUCCCCGCCUUCCUCCUGCUAGUGCUCCACCCCUGUACUUGGAUGACCAGUCCCCGCCUUCCUCCUGCUAGUGCUCCACCCCUGUACUUGGAUGACCAGUCCCCGCCUUCCUCCUGCUAGUGCUCCACUCCUGUACUUGGAUGACCAGUCCCCGCCUUCCUCCUGCUAGUGCUUCACCCCUGUACUUGGAUGACCAGUUUCCUGCCUGCUUUCUGCUGGUGCUUCACCCCCGGCCACCAGGGCCACCUGCCAGGCUGGGCCACCACUCUGAGGAGGGUGGGAGGGGCCUCUCUGGAUUGAACCAGGACAGAAACAGGGUGAGGGCCCCCCCCCACACCUCCCUAGUUGAAUCAGGAGUGGAGGGAGCCAGGCAGGACCCUACCUGGGGUCCUGUGCCCCUCGUUCUGGGUCUUCUCUGCAGGCACGAGACAGCAGAAGGAGCAUGCCUUUCUGGUAGUCUGUGGUGAUGUCACUGCUGGGAGGUGGCUGUCCUGUGGACCACUGGCCUCCAGACCCACACUCACAGUCUGAAAAACUCCUGAAAAUCCCCGAGUGGGCACUCCCUGUGGCCCAGGCAGCUCCCCUAGGGGACUGGCCAGACCUGCCCUCUCCUCCCCGUGUCUGGGUCUUCAGGUUUUAGUUUGGUCUUUGUUCAUGUGAGUUGUGCCGGGGCAACGCCAGGAAGCACCGGGGUAACCUCUGCUGCGCGCUCCUUCCCAUGCAGCGCUGUGGAUUCCUCUGGGGCCAGUGCAUGCCCAGAAAAGCCUGGGCUACACAAGACAGUCUCUUUCUCGAGGACACUUGGAAAGAUGACUUUGAUGUGGCUGCUUGGCUUCUGUGGUCCCAGCUUGCCCUCCAGGCAGCAGGGGCUCUGUCUUGUCCCAGAUGAGCUGAGCCCCUGAGAGGAGGGCUUUCCCAGCCCUGGGACCCUCCGAGGUGGGUGUGCGGGUCUCACAGGUGCUUCCUGGGACUUCUGUGGCAGCACAGGGCUUGCCUUUGUCUUCUGUUCCCGGUGGAAAACCGUGGGAGAGGAAGCUCGGGCCUCUACUCCAAGUGUCAGAGCCCGUUCACCCUCCUCUCUUUGGUAGCUUUUGAAUGUGCCAGGUGUUUUGAGGUGGGCUUGCCUUCCGGCAGCAUGGACUUUAUUUGUUAAAAUAAUAGGUGGAAAGAAGAGGCCUGGGAAGUGCCCCUAGUCUAUUGGAAUGUCCUGGCCACAGGGUCAUGUCAGCUGCCAGUUCUCGUCUCCCCACCCAGAGUUGCUCGGUCUCACCAAGCCGCCUGACCACCUGUUCUGGCGGCUCCAGCACAGGUUGUCCCAGCCCCACUGCUUUGAUUGCAGGUGAUUUUUUUUUUUUGAGAUGGAGUCUUGCUCUGUUGCCCAGGCAGGAGUGCAGUGGCACAAUCUUGGCUCACUGCAACUUCUGCCUCAAGCGAUUCUCCUGCCUCUGCCUCCUGAGUAGCUGGGAUUACAGGUGCAUGCCACCACGCCCCACUACUUUUUGCAUUUUUAGUAGAGACAGGGUUUCACCAUGUUGGUCAGGCUGGUCUUGAACUCCUGACCUCAUGAUCCGCCUGCCUCGACCUCCCAAAGUGCUGGGAUCAUAGGCGUGAGCCCCCGCCCCCAGCUGAUUCCAGGUAAAUUCUUAUCUGAUGGGCGGGCGAGGGUGUGUCCGUGUGGUGGGUUGGAGUGUGUGUGUCUGAGUACACAGACGGCGUGUUUUCCCUUAAGCUUCUUGUUUUCUGAGCAUCCAUUGUGCCUUAACAUUUUCUGCUUGUCCUUUGGGACAAAGCAGGAUUUUACUCAUUCUUUGAAUGUUCUCAUUCUUUUGUAUCAUGUGACUUAUUAAUAAAAUCAGUUUCUAACAAA